AUGUCCCGCUUCAACGCCAAAAAUCGCGAGGAACGUAGACACUUCAACAACACUUCAACACAACAUUUUCUAUCAAACAUUGACCUACGUACCCAAAUAAAAAUAAGCAAAAAACGCGCGCGCGCUCUUGCACUUCCUGAUCCUAAUUCUGAAUACCAGAAGCUUUUAAAAGCUUCUCAACAUGAGCGAAUACAGCUAGCAUUCGAAUGGCUCCUCGAAAACCCUUCCGAAACACCUCUUACUGCGAGUCGCAUUCAUAUGAUAGAGAAGCCUGAUACUUUAAAGCGAAGAUGGAAUAGGUAUCAAGCUAAACAAGCUCGAUUGAAAGAGGGGAAAGCGCUACAAGUAAAGAGGCUUAUAGUUCUAUCAGCAGCACAGCACAAAGCUGUUUUGAUCUACGCCGCAGAUCAAGCAACUAAAGGAGGGAAAGGAGCUAUUAAGCAUGAGAAAGGCGCGCGGAUUUGUAUGCCGGCCGGAGAAGAAGUUAUCGUACUUAUCGGAAUCAAAGAGAUGUAUAUAGGAAUCUAUGAAAAUCGACUAUCCGUAACUGUGAUCGAAGCUAUUCUUGCCGAUAGAAAAGCUAUUCUUCUAAUAAUUAUUAUGCCCGGAAAGCAAAUUAUAGCGUUUUGGUUUUCCGAAAAGAUGACUGGACAUGAAGUUAUUAUUGUUUCCGAAUCCGGUUAUACGAACGAUAGGAUUACUAUAGACCUUGAUCAAGCAGAACUCGAUAAAAAUCAAAAGCUUCAGCGCGAUACACAUCGGAAAAAGCUGAUUGGAAGGUCGAGUUUGCAAACGAGAGGGAAUAUACUAGCUUUUAAAGCACUCGAAAAAGUCAAGGCUAUAAAGAUAAAAAAGCAAGAAGCUAGUCUUAAGAUAGCGAACGCUAAACUCAAGUCAGCAACGAUUAAAAUUCGAAACGAUCGUUAUAAUCAAAGAGUUCUUGAUCGGAAAGCCGAAAAAGAGCGAAAGAAAUGGUUGAACGAAGCGUAUAAGCAACAAGGUCGAGGGAUUCUUAUACACAUUCCACCCGAACGAGAAGUCCUUAUUCGAGACCGCGAAAAGCAACCUAUAGCAGAAGAACUAGAAGCUGAUAAUAUUGAUUUGAUUUCUUUUCGAGACGCAGUUGCAAACGAAGAAGCUGCGUUAAAAGAAGUUCAAGAAAAAGAUCUUGCUACAUUCGCGGACCUUUCGUAUUCAAUCGAUCCUCAAAUCCUUACAAAGGAAAAACGCUUUCGAAUCAGACAAAACCCAUUAUCUUGCAUUCAAAUUAGCGAUGACGACGAAGAUAAAAGAUUAAAUACCUUACCUUCGUCUCCUUUAGCAAAAAUGAUGCUUACUAGCAGUAUCAUGCCCCGCUAUCGCUAUCUCUGCCAAUUUGCCCAAUCAAGAGCAGCCGAGCUAGCUUACUCUGGCGCUCGCUUUGGCCCUCCCGACUCCCGAGCUCCCUUCACUUCACUCCCAGCAUCGUUGUCCUACCCUUCUUCCGUCAAGCACCAGGUGUUACUUGACAAUCAACAAACCCGCCGUCUCUACGCGCCGUCUAAAAGAAACCCGACUGUCCUACCUACGAGCUGGCACUCUUUCGAGCCUCGAUAUCGACCUAUCGAUAAGAUGGAUGCAUAUCAGGGAUACAGGGAACCUCUCUCGGCACGCUCCCCGACAGAUCGCACAGCCUGGGGCCGCGAUGAUAAUUACAGAACGAAUGACCGAGCAGAAAAUGUUCGCCCGGACCGUAGUGAUACUUUCUACCGUGGCAGAUCUCCUGGUGUUGAUCGCAGCCGCCGACCUCGCGAACGAUCUCGCUCACCAGCAGCCAUUGAUCGUUACGAGCCCUCAAGCCGCGGUCGGGAUGACUACGGUAGACGAGACCGUGAUCGUGAGAAUCGCCGUGUCUCACCAGCUCCGAUUAACAUCGAUCGAUAUGUCCCUAGUCAAGAGUCUGUUCCCCCACCCAUUACUGUCAACCCUCUAGCCGACCCCGCUACCCUACAGUUUCAGGUUGGGUUUUCCUACUUUGGGGAGUGGUGGCGUACAAAUGAGAAGAUCAAGGAGGAGAAGGAGCGAGCCAGAACCGGCAAGCGAGGGGAACCACUGCGCGCGCGCGAUAAUCAAGAUGACCGCGAGAAGGAGAAGGCGAAGAUCCAGGUUGCGUACGAUGCAUAUAAAGAAGAUCUCCAGGCUAGGAUGGCCAAGCAAUUUGUUGCAGAUCACAAAGCCGAGCAGUGGUUCCAGGAGAGGUACUACCCAGAGAUGAAAGAUGCGCUUAGGUUGCAACUCAACGAAUUUCGACGUGGUAACUACAGCCUAUGGGAGCAAGAUCUUGAUUCGGGUACUUUUGACGAGUAUUCUCUGGAGGGUAUCCCCAAGAGCGAAAGCAAUGGUGCUGGAGGAGUGGUGGAGAAGGAAGAGGGGGAAACUUCGGCAGCUAACGAGGUUCUUGGUGUCGGAGACCUCGUCCCAUCUCGAGGAAGCGACAUCAGAGACGAGAAUGCUUUCCAACCAACACUCCUCAUCAAGACAAUAGCCCCAAAUGUCAGCCGUCAAAAUUUGGAAGCUUUCUGCAAGGAACACUUGGGCGAGGACGAAGGUGGAUUCAAGUGGUUGAGCUUGAGCGAUCCCAAUCCAAGCAAGCGUUACCAUCGCAUCGGCUGGGUUAUGUUGCACCCUGCCCCUGAAACCGCUCCGAUUCUCGACCGACCCGAUCCAAAAGAUGAGGACGAAGAAGGAGGUAUCAAGCCUCCUGUCGUGACCCAAUCGACUGCCGAAAAGGCUCUUGAGGCGAUUAAUAGCAAGACUGUAAAGGAUGAGGUUCGAGGUGACUUUACUUGCCAUGUUGGUGUCCAUGCCCCGCCUAUCAUGCCACGCAAGAAGGCCUUGUGGGACUUAUUUUCUGCCCCUGAACGCAUCGAGAAGGAUCUUGAGCUCGCUCAGCGACUGGUUCAGAAGUACGAGGAAGAUUUUGGCUCUGAUUUCAAUGCAGUAUUGAAGAUUGAAGAGCGCGUGGAGGACCUGAAAAAUCAAGGACGCCUCCAGCCAGCCAUAACUGCUUCAACGACCAAGAAGACCAAGAAGCCCCGGGCUCUUGAUCUUGAUGAGGCCAUGGAUGAGGGCGAGGAGUUUGAGGAUGGCGAAGAAGAAGAUGAAGAGGAGGGCGCUCUCGAUGACGAAGUUGAUGAUGAGGAUCUUCUUAUCAAGAAGAAGCAGCUCGAUCUGAUGGUAGAGUAUCUUCGCCGAGUCUUCAACUUCUGUUUCUUCUGCGUUUUCGAGAGCGACUCGAUUCACGAGCUCACUCGCAAAUGCCCCGGUGGCCAUCUUCGCAGGCCUCGCAACACCCUCAGUACUGCAGGUAAAGCUGCUGCGAGAGCUAGUGCACUCGGCGAGCCAUUCCAAUUUAAGAAACGCGGUAGUGAUAUGCCUGAUGAUUUGCAAACGCCUACUUCUCCCAAUAAUGAAGAUCGCAAGUUCUCCCGGGGAAAUGUUGCUUCCAAAGCGGAACAACAACUUCAACGUGCCUUUAACUGGGUCAAGACUUACGAGGAGAAGCUUAUGCAGAUCCUUGAGCCUGAGGCUAUUGACGUCAGAAAGUUGGGUGGCAGGCCUACAGACGAGGCCGUGAAAGACGAGCUGGUAAAAUAUGUGAAGCAGGAGGAUGAACACAAGUUUAGAUGUCGCGUUCCGGAAUGCACCAAAUUAUUCAAGGAGAAGCACUUUUGGGAGAAGCAUGUUGAGAAACGUCACCCAGAGUGGCUCGAGGGCUUGCGAAAGGACUUUGACCUAGUCAACACCUACGUUUCUGAUCCAGCUCAUAUAGCCCCUUCACGUUCCGACGCUAACAGCAAUGGCCAUUUUCCCAUCUCCAAUGGUCACAUGCCAGCCGGUACCCCUCGAGGGUUCAACCUCUCAAAUUACGGACAGAUUGGUAUGCCACCAAUGCAAGGUUUUGGCCAAUCCGGCUUCCCAGCUUUCUUCCCCGGCAACAUACCAGCUGGAAACUGGAACACUGGAGGUGAUGGCCGUGGCGGUGGACCCAUUAGACGCGGCGCCAGACAGUACCAACCCAGCGCUCGCCCAGGACCAUACGACCGCCGUCCAACUCAACAACGGUUUGGCGAGAAUGUUGGCAGACUAAGCCCACCUCCUGGUGUCCGUCGCAGUGGCAUGCCUGGCGGCGGCAGAUGGGGCGAUGGCGCUGCUGGUGGUGCAGGCGGUGCUGUCGGGCCGAGGGAAGCUGUGCAGGGCCGAAGCCUGAAGUCUUAUGAGGAUCUCGACGCUGUCGCCGGUGGUGCGGGUGGGGAGUUGAACUACUAA